UUUCUACCUUCAAUAUAAGCUCAUGCACCUCUGAAUCCUGCGCGUUUCUUCUCCUUCCUUGCUUUGUCGACGAGGGGCCACAGUUUGUUCCUGGCGUCUUUAGUCUCUUGGCUCAGGUCGUGGGACAGGGUGAUCUUCCUCUCUUUGGGCACAGCCGAUGUCUGUGCCUCCUCCCAAACCCGCUGCCUGUGGUCCCGCGACAGGAACCGGACGAUAAUACGCCGCGGUGGGGCUCCUCCUCAGUGCGCGGCGGACCCAGCCGGUGAGCGACGUCCAAACUGAACGGCAGACCCAUCAUAAUGACGACAAAAGAGUUUCUUCAGCAGCUGAUCACAAACCCUGAGCAACUCAGCAAUUUAGUGGAGGAAGCUAUCGAGAUGGCCUUUCAACAGGGGUUCUUGUUCCGGACAUGUGAGACUCCUAAUUCAUCAGAGGUCGUCACCUAUGCUCCAUUCACACUCUUUCCCUCUGCUGUGCCCAAAGCCAGACUUGUCCAGGCUCUGGAAGUGCAAACUCACUUCAACACGCUGGUGGACAAGAUCAGCCAGGACCCAGACUUUCUGGAAGAGGCUCUUGCAAGUACUAUCCAGGCAGAUGAUUUCACAGCCAGGUUGGUUAGUAUAUACAGACAAGUGCAGCAGGAAGGUCAGACACAGUCCAUCGUUGUUGGUCUGAACCGUUCUGACUACAUGGUGGAGCAAAGCAUGGAUGGAACAUCUUCCCUGAAGCAAGUAGAGAUCAACACUAUUGCUGCAGCUGGUUUUGGUGUGUUGGACCGUCUCCCUGAAGUGCACAGACACAUACUGAGAACUACUGGCCUGCUGAAGGAGAGCGAGUGUGUCCAGGAUACCAAUAUGACUCCUGCAAUGGCCGCUGCUCUUGCAAAGGCCUGGGAAGUUUACGGUCAAAAGAAGGCAGUGAUCCUGUUUCUGGUGGAGGAUGUUCAGAUUAGUCAGCUCACUCAACGUUACAGUGAAAUAGAGCUCUGGAACAGAAAUAUUCCUGUCAUCCGAAGAAAGUUUGAGGAGGUUUCAAGACGAGGAUCUCUGGAUGGUGAUAAAAGAUUGUUUAUAGAUGGGCUGGAGGUAGCUGUAGUGUACUACCGCUAUGGGUACAUGCCAGACAACUACACUGAACAGAGCUGGGCUGCUCGUCUUCUGAUGGAGCGCUCUCGGGCUGUGAAAUGUCCAGAUAUCGGCACCCAGCUGGCCGGAACCAAGAAGAUCCAACAGGUUCUCGCCAGUCCUGGAGUUCUGGAGAAGUUCUUCCCUGACCAGCCUCAAGUGGUGGAGCAGAUCAGAGCGACAUUUGCUGGCCUCUACACUCUGGACAUGGGUCCAGAAGGAGACCAGACAGUCGCCAUGGCUUUGACCAACCCACACAAGUUUGUUUUGAAGCCUCAAAGAGAAGGAGGAGGAAACAAUUAUUAUGGAGAGGACAUAGUGCAAGUGCUACAGAAGUUUAAAAAUGACCAAAGGAGGGCUGCUUAUAUUCUGAUGGAUAAAAUCCAACCCAGAACAGAACAAAACAUCCCACUGAGGAAAGGACUUCCACCCAGACUCACUACUGUUUCUUAUGAAAUAGGAGUUUUCGGAGCCUAUGUGAGGUACGAAGGAGAAAUGAUUCUCAAUGAGGCUCUUGGUCCUGUUUUGAGGACUAAGAGCAUUGAACACGAUGAUGCAGGGGUAGUUCGUGGAGUAGCUAUGUUUGACUCUCCACUCGUCGUCUGAACACUGAAACAAACCUCUCAUCUCAUUUUCUAGUUUGCACAACCUGGAUUCAUUCCCUCAGCUCAUCUCCUCCCUCCACAGAUGCUAAUCCAGGGUUAGCAUUUUAUUUUUGACGCGGCAGAUUUUGUCAUAUUUCCAGAAGACCUAUAAAAAAAUCAAUAAAGAACCAAACACACAUUUGUUUCAGGGAUUCCAUUCUAGGAAAUUAAGAAUUAUUUUAGUUUUGUUCAUGACUGUAGGUAAAACUGAUCCUUUCAUUGUCUAGAACUUGUUCUGACCAACCACCUGUCAGCAUGCUGGUAUGACUCUUGAAAGUUUACCCAAAAUGCACUUUUUCAAGUUUUCUCUAGUGAAGUAUGAGAAAAUAGAAACACAUCCAAGGUACCGAUGAUUGUUUCUUUGGUUCUGUAUCACAGACGUUAAACUGCUGCAGGUUUGCUGUUUAAUGCAUCCCAUAAUACCCCAGUCCUACCAUCAAGCAUGGAGGUGGCAGUAUCAUGCUCUGUGGAACUGGAGCUUUACAUAAAGUAAAUGGAUUGAAGGAGGAGGAUCACCUCCACAUGCUUCAAAAUCUAAAAUCAUCAUCAGAAGGUUGAUCUUGGACACAGUUGGAUGUUUCAAAAACUACUAUGAGCUCAAACACAUCAGAUGUGGUAAAGAAAUGGUUCCAUCAGGUUAGAAUGAAGGUUCUAGACUGGUCUCCCCAAAGUCCUGACUUAAACCCAUCAAGGACCUGUGGACUGAUGAAGAAACAAUAAAUGUAGUUGGACUGAACCAGUUCUGUCCAGAGGAGUCAAAGAAACAGGAAGCUUGAAACCAAAAGAACCAAACUGAGGUGAAAAUGGACAAAGGACAUAUCACCACAUAUUAUUUUUUAAGUCUGUGUAUAUAUAUGACCCACCAGAUUUUGUAAUAUUUCCAGAAAAUCUAGAAUAAAUUUAUGAACAAAAUAAAAUGAAUGCUUGUUUUUAAUUACAAUAAUUCACACGUUUCAAUCAUUAAGAG